AAACCCGAUUACCUGCCCCAAACUCCCUUUAAAUGCUUGCCAAACCGUCAAAAAAAUACGAGUGAUUUCGGAAGGAAUCUUAAUUUAUCAAAGCCCCACCACCUCUCAAUUACUUAUUCAUUAACUGCAUCUCAAUUCUCAUUUCUAUCAGUUUCUCCCACUACUACUACUACUACUACAACAUCAUCAACAACUCUGCACCAAGUCCCUACCGUUCUUUCACUGUUGAACUUUACUAGUACUACUACAAAGUCUAGUGCUACGAUCAGCUAAAGGUAAUCGUAUGCUGCUGGCUUCGUUUUAUGGCUUCCGACGAGAGAGAAACUCGUUUGCUUCCAUCUGAAUUAUUCCACCAAGAAGACCAUGAUGUUUCCUCCGAAGAUUACAGCAACAGCAGCAGCAAUAAUAAUAGUGGUGGUAUCAUGGUUUCACCAAAAGGGUUGCGUAGUUUGGAAUCAAAUUUCAGUUUUAGUGGAUCAGCGUGCUCGUCUUGGUCGGAAUUUAGCUCCCCGAUUAGUUCGGAGUUGGGGUCGACGUCCGAGAGUAAUGAAAGUGAAGAAGAUGAUCAGGAAUUGUUCAUUUCUGAGUUGACUCGUCAGAUGGCAGAGUACAUGCUCCAGGAUGAUGAUGACGACGACGACGACAAUCAUAAUAAUAAUAAUAAUAACAAUCAAGAUCAUGAAAGUUCAGUUUUCAAUUACGUCCCCGAAAACCCUGAGAUACCGAAGGCAAUUGAUCAUACAAGUACAGCUGCUGACUGGUCCAAGUUGAAGUCCGGCUCUGUUUGUUACUACAACAGUCAGGGAUUCGUGAACAAAUCUGAGAAUCCCACUUCAGACCCUGCAAGUGCUAAGAACCUGAAUACAGGGAUUCACCCAGACGACGAUUCAACUGAUGAACAGUUCCCACCAGUCCAAAUUUAUCAGUUGAAAAAUCAGCCACAAAUGAGAAAACAAGGUUCGUAUGGGGGAAGACGAGCUAAGGCGACUGAAUCAACUCAGCAGCAGCUACUUCAGCACAAGGAACAACAGAGCAUGCAGAACAAAGGCAAGGCAAAGAGAUACGGCCAUACCAAAAAGCCUAGUGUUCCUCUAUUCCCUGCGCCACCAGCAGCUGGAUCGGGUAUGAGGGCAAUUUUUCUUGGAGGAUCCGAACGAAACGGGUCUUCUGGCACAGGUGUUUUCUUGCCGAGUGCAACUUACAGCACACCCGAACCCAAAAGAAAAUCCGGUUGCUCGACGGUUCUAAUACCGGCGAGGGUGCUACAGGCGCUGCAACAGCACUUUAACACGGUGGGUGCGCUGUCACCCUCAAAUGCUGCCUCCUCUGCUACUGCUAAUCUCCCUUGGCAAAAUGAGGUAUUGGCAAGAAUAAAUGGUUUGCUUUCACAGCGAAAGGAACAUGCAGAAUUCCAGGCUCGGCCGGCAGCGGCAGAGGCAGAGGCAGAGGCCGAAACCAACCACCUACAGGAGGAUGUGCAGUUACCUCAAGAGUGGACGUAUUAAAUGAUGAUCGUCCCACACCUGCGUCUUGGGCGGGCUGGAAGGUGUCAAGAGAUUGUUGAUGAAGACAAAAUAAGUUAUUGCAAAUAAAAUAAAAGAAAGGGUUUGGACUUUCUUGGUUUAAAUAAAUGAUAUACCAAGAAUCUGCAGGACGCCUUAAUAAUACGAGUAGCAGUAGUAGUAGUAUUAGCUAUUGAGCUGAAAACUGUGUCGCUUUCAGCACUUGCCCUCUGCUAAAAGGUGGUGGAUGCCGGGCGGGAUUGUCAAAAUUGGUUGACGGAAUAAUAAGGAAUCAAUAAUAUAUUUGUUUGUAUUAUAGAAACGAAUAAUUGAGAUGGGAGUGCGUCUGUAGGUUUGCUGGCUAAGCGCAGUAAUGUGAUUGGAUAGGAGGGUGACUCUUUGUUGAAUUCCUGUGUAAAAAAGAACUAGCUGUCCUUAUGCUAUAGGAAGAUGGUCCCGUGAAUAUUCAGAAAGAGAAACUACUAUGGUUGGUUCACUACGUUAU